GAACAACAGUUUUUUCUGUAGCACUCGUUCCACCCUAUCCGGAUCUUUCUUUCCACCAAACCAUGAUCACUUCCCGUCAGAUAGCAAAGAUGGCGGUUGAACAGCAUUGAAUCCUUUCUGUAAUAAGCUAUUAAAACGCGGGUAUUUUCCGACUUUUCUAUGGGGCGAAUACGCCGAGCCACUACUGAAUAAUUACUACGUGCGCAAUGGUGUAGAAUAUGUGUAAGAAUAGUUCCAGUUCGAAGUAAUUGCGUGUCAGUACUUUUAUUUUUUUCGCUCUCCAUCUGUGGCGCUUGCCUUGUUAUUUUAAAAUGGCUCCGGUGCAGAUUGGAUCAGAUGGGCAACUGGUCCCUAUCGGGGGUGCCACCUCGGCCACCCAGCCGCCUCCCCCAGGACCUCCAGCCACCCAAGGGGUUCGGCUGAGCCUUCUGAUUGAGUUUCUGCUCCAGAGGACCUACCAUGAAAUCACUCUAUUGGGUGAACUACUUCCCAGGAAAACAGAUAUGGAAAGAAAAAUCGAGAUUGUCCAGUUUUCUAGUCGGACCCGGCAACUCUUCGUACGUCUCCUUGCCCUUGUGAAAUGGGCAAGCAAUGCUGGGAAGGUGGAAAAGUGUGCGAUGAUCUCUAGCUUCCUCGACCAGCAGGCCUUCCUGUUUGUUGACACAGCUGACAGGCUAGCAUCGCUUGCGAGGGAUGCCCUCGUGCACGCCCGCUUGCCCAGCUUCGCCAUCCCGUUCGCCAUCGACGUCCUCACCACCGGGUCAUAUCCACGCCUGCCCACUUGUAUUCGGGAUAAGAUCAUUCCCCCAGAUCCCAUCACUAAGGUGGAGAAGCAGACCACCCUGAACCAGCUCAAUCAGAUCCUGCGGCAUCGCCUUGUCACCACAGACCUACCACCUCAGCUAGCGAACCUUACCGUGGCUAACGGGCGUGUGAAGUUCCGUGUGGAGGGGGAGUUUGAGGCUACUCUAACGGUGAUGGGGGACGACCCUGAUAUUCCCUGGAGACUGUUAAAACUGGAGAUACUGGUGGAGGAUAAGGAGACUGGAGAUGGCCGAGCCCUGGUCCACAGUAUGCAGGUGAACUUCAUCCAUGAGCUGGUGCAGUCACGCCUCUUUGCAGAUGAGAAGCCGCUGCAGGACAUGUACAGCUGCCUGCACUCCUUCUGCUUGUCUCUGCAGCUAGAGGUGCUUCACUCGCAGACCCUCAUGUUGGUCCGGGAGCGCUGGGGAGACCUGGUGCAGGUGGAGCGCUAUAUGCCUGCCAAGUGCCUCACGCUGGGCGUCUGGAAUCAGCAGGUCCUGGGAAGGAGGACAGGCACCGCGUCAGUCCACAAAGUCACUAUCAAGAUUGACGAAUCGGACGGCUCCAAGCCUCUGCAGAUCUCCCAUGAGCCUCCGCUGCCGGCCUGUGACUCGAAACUAGUGGAGAGAGCCAUGAGGAUCGACCACUUGUCAGUGGAGAAGCUUCUGAUUGACAGUGUGCACGCCCGCUCACACCAGAAGUUACAGGAGCUGAAAGCCAUCCUGAAGAGCAGCAACCCCAGUGACAGCUCGUUCAUAGAGACGGCUCUGCCCACCUUGGUGAUACCCAUCCUGGAGCCUUGUGGACGGUCUGAGUGCCUGCACAUCUUUGUAGACCUGCACUCCGGGAUGUUCCAGCCCAUGCUGUAUGGGAUCGAUCAAUCCAUGCUGGAUGACAUCGAGAAGACCAUCAACGACGACAUGAAGCGCAUCAUAUCCUGGCUUCAGCAGCUUAAGUUUUGGUUAGGAGAGCAGAGGUGUCGACAGUCGGUGAAACAUCUCCCCACUGUUUGUACAGACAUACUACACCUCUCCAACUCCUCCACCCAUCCUGCGGGCAGCCUAUCAAAACACAAGCUCUUCAUCCGGCUGACCCGCCUGCCACAGUACUACAUUAUAGUGGAGAUGCUGGAUGUACCCGGCUGUCCCACCGAGCUGCAGUACAAGUACUCCUUCCUGUCCGUGUCUCAGUUGGAGGGUGAGGAGGGCCCUCCGUGUGCCCAGCUCUUGCAGCACUUCAAGCCCAAUCUGGAGCAACUGGUCAUGGACAACACCUCUGGCCGAGGGGCCCGUCCCGGAGCUAAGAGAAAAUUGUCAGGGGACCAGGGAGCUGUGGAGCCCAAGAAGCCCAAGCGCUCUGGGGAGAUGGCGGCCUUCAACAAGGAGCUAGCUCAUCUGGUUGCCAUGUGUGACACUAACAUGCCUUUCAUAGGCCUUAGAGUGGAGUUAUCUCAGAUGGAGAUUCCGCACCAAGGUGUCCAGGUGGAAGGAGACGGCUGCAGUCACACCAUCCGCAUCCUGAAGAUCCCUCCAUGUAAGGGUGUAGGGGAGGAGACGCGACGGGCUCUGGAGCGCUCCCUGCUGGACUGCACCUUCCGCCUGCAGGGGCGGAACAACCGCACCUGGGUGGCGGAGCUGGUUCUGGCCAACUGCCCGCUUAAUAGCACGCACAGCAAAGAACAAGCCUCCACUCGCCACGUGUACCUGACCUAUGAGAACCCUCUCUCGGAGCCUGUGGGUGGGAGGAAGGUGGUGGAGAUGUUCCUCAACGACUGGAGCGGCGUCAGCCAGCUGUACCAGUGUGUCCUGGAAUUCUCCCGGUCCCUACCGGAGAUGCCGUCCUACUUGGGUCUGUUCAGCGAGAUCCGCCUGUAUAACUAUCGCAAACUGGUCCUGUGCUACGGCAGCACCAAGGGCAGCUCGGUGACCAUCCAGUGGAACAGCAGUACUCAGAGGUUCCUUCUGUCUCUCGGGACUGUGGGCCCCAACUCGGGCUGUAGUAACUGCCACAACAUCAUACUGCAUCAGCUACAGGAGAUGUUCAACAAGACCCCGACCGUGGUCCAACUACUGCAGGUUCUGUCAGACACCCAGGCUCCCCUGAAUGCCAUCAACAAGCUGCCCACGGUGCCCAUGCUGGGGCUGACGCAGCGCACCAACACAGCCUACCAGUGCUUCUCCAUCCUCCCCCAGUCACCCACCCACAUCCGCCUGGCCUUCCGCAACAUGUACUGCAUAGACAUCUACUGUCGCAGCCGCGGUGUUGUUGCCAUAAGAGACGGCGCCUACAGCCUCUUCGACAACACCAAGAUCGUGGAGGGCUUCUAUCCUGCCCCGGGACUCAAGACGUUCCUCAACAUGUUUGUUGACAGUAGCCAAGAUGCUCGACGACGCUCGGUCAACGAGGACGACAACCCACCCUCGCCAGUUGGAGGCGACAUGAUGGACAGCCUAUUGAACCAACUACAGGCCCAGCAGCCUCCGCAGCCAAUGAGGGGGGGUCCUGGGGGCGUGUACCCUCCCCUCACGUCCCCCCCCACCCCUUACCAUCCCAACGUGGCGCCCUCGCCAUCCAUGAUGCCCACACCGUCCCCAGGGACCAUCCAUGCGUCGGGCUCCCCUAGCGGAGUGUUGAGAGCCCCCUCGCCUUUUGGGCCCACCCCGUCUCCAUCCUCUCUUGGCAUAGCUAUGGGCCCCGCCAGCUUUGCCAGCCCGCAUGGUGCUCUUGACCCCAGUUCCCCCUACGCCAUGGUGUCUCCCAGUCAGAGGGGCCAGUGGCCAGGCUCUCCCCAGGUCUCAGGGCCCUCUCCUGGGGCCCGCAUCCACGGCAUGUCCCCGGGAAACCCCUCACUCCACUCGCCCAUCCCUGAUGCCUCACACUCGCCACGCGCCGGUCCCAGUUCUGGCGUUAUGCCCCCGCCCCGUAAGCUACCUCAGCGCUCCUGGGCUGCCUCCAUCCCCACAAUCCUCAGCCACAACGCCCUGCACGUGUUGCUGCUGCCCUCCCCCACGCCCUGCCUGGUUCCGGGGCUGGCGGGCAGUUACCUCUGCUCUCCGCUGGAGCGCUUCCUGGGUUCGGUGAUCAUGAGACGCCACCUGCAGCGGAUCAUCCAGCUGGAGCCCAAUCUGUCCAUAGUGAACUCUAACGAGCCGGGGGUGAUCAUGUUUAAGACGGAGGUUUUGAAAUGUCGCGUGGCACUGAACCCUAAGACAUACCAGACCCUGCAGCUCAAAGUUACCCCAGAGAACGCAGGGCCCUGGUCACAGGAGGAGUUGCAGGUCCUGGAGAAGUUCUUUGAGACCCGGGUGGCCGGCCCUCCCUUCAAAUACAACACAUUAAAUGCCUUCACCAAACUGCUUGGGGCUCCCACCAACAUUCUCAGGGACUGUGUCCGCAUUAUGAAGCUUGAGCUGUUCCCUGACCAGGCCACCCAGCUGAAGUGGAACGUCCAGUUCUGUUUGACCAUCCCCCCCAGCGCCCCUCCCAUCGCGCCCCCAGGGACCAUCGCCGUGGUGCUCAAGUCCAAGAUGCUCUUCUUUCUUCAGCUGACCCAGAGGCUACCACUGCCCCAGGAGCCUGUGAACAUCAUCGUCCCCAUUGUGUACGACAUGGCCACGGGCCUGACCCAGCAGGCCGACAUCCCCAGGCAGCACUCCUCUUCGGGUGCAGCGGCACUCAUGGUCUCCAAUAUACUGAAGAGGUUCAACGAACUGCACCCCGCGCGACAGGGUGAGUGCACGAUCUUUGCAUCUGUCCACGAACUCAUGGCCAACCUCAACCUGCCCCCUGUUGGUCGCCAGUAGCAACCAAAACUCCCCUAUUGGAAAGAAAGCUAGAACCAGGAUCUGCCUCAGUACAGAACCAUUCUGGAAGUGGGAAAGGUUCCAUUCUGGACUCUAGUGAACUGGAGACGGUGUGCUCUCUCUAUUCCCUAAUGCAACAUUUGUCUUCUGUCACAGCCAACUGACGUCAAAUUAUUAUUUUUUUCUUUCAAAAAAGGAAGCCGAGUUAUUCAAAAAUGUCUAACACACACUUUGUAUUCUUGAUAAAGAACACUUAUGACACUGUGCAACUGCAUGCAUGUGUGGGAGUGUAACCUAAAAGACCUGUGCUGCGAAGAACUUAAAACAAAUUUUACAAAUAUUUGGUUUCCCUUCCAGAGGCACUUCUUAUCAAGGGAUUCACAUUUAAGAAUAUGGGUAUUUACCUAAAGAUGUACAUUGUUGUAUAUUUCAGCAUUGGGCAAAAAGGAUAAGCCAGUUCGAUGAGUAGGACUUUUGCUAGAGAGUGUGACUUAACAGUCUUUCCUUUUUAUAACGCAAGAUAUCAAUACUGUUGUGGUAUUGGGGAUGUAGCUAUUCUUUCUAAGUACACUAUUUAAAUGUAUUUUUGCCAUUAUGAUGUCAAGACCUAAUCCCUUUUUGUUCAAACGUGUCACUUUGAAUACUGUAAAACUGUGACAACCUUUAUAAGCCAGCUGUAUUUUAUUAUGACUGCUUUUGAGUCCUGAAUGAAGAAUCAAAGAACCGUUGUCUUUCUUUGAUAACUAUUUAAUAAAUCUGUCAAAAACGUGA